UUCAGUUGGUUAUACUUAGCAGGUUUGUAUGUGGGUGUCCAAAACGGGCACUAGUCACGGCCCAUCGGGUUGGGUCGUGACAAAGAGUGGUAUCAGAGCGCGGUUCUUCCUCGGAAGUGUCUACAGACUGUGUCUAGUAGAGUCUUGUUUAUCGGUGUGUUGUGCACCACAUCUAUAAACAGGAAGCUACAGGACAUUUAGGAUGUCAUUCUUUCUUCUUAUUCUAGAUCGUGCGAUAGAGCUAUAUUAACAGGAUAAUCCCUCUCUAACGAAUCCGUGUGUUUUCAGCUAUGCCUCCAAAGAAAGCGACAGCCGCCCAGAAGGGAAAAUCGGUAGCAGAAGGUACUAGUCAGACCCGGAGAGUUACUAGGGCCCGUGCCCAGUCUAUGCCUGGUAUGAUGCUCCAGUCGGAGAGCUCUGCUACACCCCCACCGCCAGAAGAGCUUAGAGCAGCAGCAGCUCCAGUUCGGGGGACACCACCAGCCCCCGAGGCCCCAACAUCUGAACCUCCAGCUCCUCAGUCAGGGGCGGAGGAUAGGGCCAUGAGAGAUGCGGUUCAAUUGCUGACUAGAUUAGUGGCAGAUCAGGCUCGCAGGCAUGGACUAGGAGUUGAUCAUGCGGACAGAUCUGAUAGCUUAAGGGCUCGUGACUUCUUAAGUUGUAAUCCUCCAGAGUUCUUUGGGUCAAGGCCCCAGGAUGAUCCGCAAGAGUUUAUUCGUCAGAUGCAGCGUACAUUGAGGAUAAUCAAGGCUUCGGAGACCGAGUCUGUUGAGUUGGCUACGUAUCGUUUGCGGGAUGUAGCUAUUAAUUGGUAUGAGUCUUGGGAGUUAUCUAGGGGUGAGGGUGCUCCUCCAGCGGUAUGGGAUGAAUUUGUGGAGGCUUUCCAGGGCCACUUCCUGCCUCCAGAGAUGAAGCGAGCUAGAGUCGAUAGAUUCUUGCGUUUGAAGCAAAAUGGCAGGAGCGUUCGAGAGUAUAGCCUCGAGUUUGAUUCAUUGGCUAGGCAUGCGCCUACUAUUGUGGCUGAUAUGGCAGACAGGGUACAUCGUUAUGUGAUGGGAUUGGAUCGUUAUCUGAUUGACGGUUGUAUGGCAGUGACUCUUCAGCCAGGUAUGGACAUUGCUCGGGUGCAGGCAUAUGCACAGGGGGUAGAGGAUCGGCACCGGGGACGUCAGCCAGAUAGAGAUUAUAAUAGAGGCCAGCAUAAGAGGGUUAGAUCAGCAGGUUAUCCUGACGAGUUUCAAAGCGGGCAGUCUCAGCAGCAUGUUAGAUUUUCUUCCCAGCCAGCACAGAGUGCACCCCCACGUUUCAUGGGUAGGGGGUUCGAUCGUAUGGGAUAUUCGGAAGCUGGUCAGAGCUCUAGGGCGUCAGGGUCACAGAUGGGCCGGGGUUUGAGCCAGUCGAGGCCACCUUUGCCUCGGUGUUCUCGUUGUGGUAAGUCCCAUCCUGGGGAAUGUCGUUGGGCUACAGGUGCGUGUUUUUCUUGCGGCCGUCAGGGCCAUACUAUGAGGGAGUGUCACCUUAGAGGUAGUGCAGGUGGUAUGGCACAGCCUACAGGGUCCGUUGCUGGUUCAUCUUCUUCUGUGGCUAUGCGCCCUACGGGGCAGGGUAUUCAGGCGCCAGCAGGCCGUGGUAGAGGACGUGGUGGAGCUUCCAGUUCUAGCGGUCCCUCAAACCGUAUAUAUGCUUUGACUAAUAGGCAAGAUCAGGAGGCGUCACCUAAUGUGAUCACAGGUGUAGACGCACAGUUCGGUGAUCCUCCCGCCUAGGAUAUCUA